GACGCAAACCAGGAAGGGAGUCGAGUUGGUCUGCCGCUGCUGCUGCUGGGCUGGAGCCUGUGGGGCUGAGAGAGAGAGAGAGAGAGAGAGAGAGAGAGAAAACAAGGGAGAGGAGAGGGGCAAUCGAGCCCUGCUGUGAUCACAGGAGUCGAGCACGUCAGUGAGGAGGCGGUGGGAUCCCAGAGGAGGGGGAGGAGGAGGAGGAGGAAGGAGGGAGGAGCAGCAGCAGCAGCGCGAGCAGCAGCAGGAGGUGACCUGAGGACAGGCUCAGUGGGAGCAGCAGUGGAGGGACAGGAGGACAAGCCCGACUCUCUGUUUGACCCACUUACAGAUGCACUAGACAUGGCCAAUUCAGCCGAGACGGGCGGACGGACGGACGGCGGGACGGCCUCGCGGGCGACGGCGAAGGCGGCGAUCGGCGGCUCGGCGGCCGGCUGGUGGAAGAUGUCGUGGCGCGGCGGGGGCGGGGCCGGGGGCGGGGCCGGGCGGGCGAGGGGCGGGGCGGAGGAGGGGCCGGUGGGCAUUCCGUUCCCGGAGCACAGCGCAGACGUGCUGGGGGGCCUGAACGCGCAGCGGCAGAGCGGCCAGCUGUGCGACGUGCUCCUGGUGGCGGGCGAGCGGGAGUUCCCCGCCCACCGCUCCGUGCUGGCCUCCUGCAGCUCCUACUUCCACCGGCUCUUCACCUCCGGCGCCGCCGCCGACCGCCAGAGCGUCUACGCGCUGGACUUCGUGCGCGCCGAGGCGCUGGACGCCCUGCUGGACUUCGCCUACACCGCCACGCUCACCGUCAGCCACGGCAGCGUGCGGGACGUCCUGAGCGCCGCCAGCCUGCUGGACAUCCCUCCCGUACGGGACGUCUGCGCCCACCUGCUGGACACCAAAGUGCUCUCCCCACCGCAGCUCGGCGGUGAGCUCGGAGAGGAGGAUGAGGCGGAGGGCAGGGAGCGAGGGAAGGAGGCAGAAGGAGAGCGGGCCAGUCGGCUGCAGGCUCAGGAGUACCUGCAGCUCUUCCAGCAGGGGGCGCAGCGGGGCGGCAGCCCCGAACUCAGGGACCCCCUCGCUCAGCAGCACUAUAGCCAGCCCAACGGGACAGGCCACGCCCCCUCCCAAUACCCCGCCCACCCCAUCGCACAGGACCUGCGGGACCAGGAGAAGGAAGAGGAGGAGGAGGACGAGGAGGAUGAGGAGGACGGGGAGGAAGAGGGCGUGCUGAGGGCAGAGGCCCUCCUGGCUUGGGCGAGGGCGAGCGGGGGCGUGGCUGCCCCGCCCUUCUUUGCCCCUCCCCAAAACGGACACUACUACCUCCAGCCGGACCCCACGCCGGGACCGGAGCAGGGGAGGGGGCGGGGCCGGGGGCGAGGCCGGGGCCGGGGGAGGGGCCGGGGGAGGGGCGGGGGGAGGGGCGGGGCGUCGGCCACCGCCCUCCUGCAGCAGAUGAUGGACUCCAUCGAGCAGCAGAAGGAGUGGGCGGGGCCAGUCCCGGCUGGGGACCCCCCCGAGGCGAAGGAGGAGGAGGAGGAAGAGGAGGAGGAAGAUGGCGAUGCCGACGUGGAAUUUUACUUGAAGUACUUUAACAGCGUGCAGCGGGAGGGCGGGGCUCACGCCACGCUGCCAGGCCACUCCCCGCCAGACAGCGGAAGCCCCGCCCCCAGCCCCGGCUCGGCCGGCGGGGGCGGCGGGGGCAGUGGGGGCGGCGGGGGGCGUGGCCGGGUCCUCGGGGAGAAGAAGAUGCGCUCCAAAGCGUUUCAGAAGUGCCCGAUCUGCGCCAAGGUGAUCCAGGGGGCGGGGAAGCUGCCCCGGCACAUCCGCACGCACACCGGAGAGAAGCCCUACGAGUGCGCCAUCUGCAAAGUGCGCUUCACCAGACAGGACAAGCUGAAGGUCCACAUGCGGAAGCACACGGGGGAGAAGCCCUACGUGUGCCCCGACUGCGGGGUGGCCUUCGCCCACAACUACGACCUGAAGAACCACGUGCGCGUGCACACGGGCCUGCGGCCCUACCAGUGCCCCAGCUGCCUCAAGACCUUCGUGCGCUCCGACCACCUGCACCGCCACCUGAAGAAGGACGGCUGCACCGGCGUCCCGUCCCGCCGCGGCCGCAAGCCUCGCAUCCGGGGUCCGGGGCCCCUGGAGCCCGCCGCCGCCGCCGCGGGGGGGCCGCUCGGUCUGGGGCCCGGCCACCAGGGGCCCGGCGGGGGCCGGCGGCAUCCGGAGGGGGCGGCGCCCGUGGGCCGAGACGCGGGGAGGAGCCCCGUCCGCUACCCUGAGCUUAGCUCCGCCCACUACCCCGCCUUCGGCCACGCCCCCAGGUCGCCGGAGCAACUGGGGGUCAUGGCAAGAGUGGGGUCGUGAGAGACGGGGGGGGGGGAGAGAAAAAGGGAGAAAGAGAGGUGGACUUAUGGACACUAGACGCUUGUGACUUGAAAUCGAAGGACGAUAAACAAACAAAAACAAACAAAAAAAGUCUAAAUAGUACAGGAAUGAAUACAAACAAAAAAACUUUUUUUUUCUAUAAACCAAAAUCAGGGUGUCUGUAAAAAAAAAAAAUUCUAGCUCUUUAAAAUUGAGUUUUAUUAUUUUGUUUUUUCCACUAGCUUUGAAAUCCAACAUGGCUGCUUGAAGGGGAGGGGCCUAGGGAGCGAGGGGGUGCUGAGAUCACACACAGAUCAGCAGAUCCCAGAGCAGCCCUGUUUGCAAAACAGAAAGAGCUCUCUGGGCUGGUUAAACUCUGUUCAAAUUCGGAUGCAUUUGAAAAUGGGCAAGUUGGGAACAAACUCCAGUCGGCAAAUUCAGGCUACUGGUGAGGUAUGUUCCGCAUCCACCAGGGGUCAGUGCUGAGACAGAACCUUAAAAUGUCCCCAAGGUAACUGCACAUAAUAGGGUGUGAUUCCUGCGAUCCCCCCCUCCCCCCUUAAAAAAAAAAGGGGAAAAAAGUGGGUGACUGUUGAGUUGAAACUGUUCUGGGGCUUUUUCGUCCGUGGGGGCGGGGAAUGAGGAGAGGGAGGUCCUUUCUUUUUAAAGCACUACCAUUGGCCUGCCACUAGUGGGCAGCAAAACCCUUCCUUGAACCCUUCCUCAUUUUAUCCACCCCCUACUAUUGUGGUUGUUUGGUUUAUUUUAUUUCAUUUUUUACCCUUUCCUUAUUGGUGGUUUGAUAGUUGUUUUUUUUUUUGCUUUUUUUCAUUAACUGCUUCAGGUACUUGACACUUUAAAUAUGUGCGUGUGUGCGUACGUGCGUGCGUGUGUGUGCGUAUAUAUAUAUCUAUCGGUUGAGAUCAUCUUGGACGUAACUGAGAAACAUUUUGGGUUACUCUGAAGUAAUAUCAAAAACCACUGGGAAUCGAAUUAUUACCUUAAGCCUUCAAACCUGUAAGGUUAAAAAAAUAGUGAAGGCCAAACAAUUUCUGCACAGGAUUUCCAGGUGUACUAGUCUGGUUUCUCAGCCACAUUGUCCAAGUUGGUUUCAAAUAAGAAAGAAAAAAAACCUUGUAAUACCCGCUUGUGAAAGAGAAAAAGGCAGGGCCAAAUUAAUCAUUAAUUUAUUAUUUUUUUAUUUUAUAUGAUUUUUAAAGCAUUAAGCACCUCUUUACCUUUAAAAAAUAUAUUUUACUGAUGACAGAGAUCUUACUGAAAAUAUAUAAUAUUUGGGAAAAUUUAUUUUUUUUGAAAAAUGGGUGUAUUUAUGAGAAUAUACAGACCAAAGGAGCAGGUGAAGAACGUGCUGAUGCAGAUCUUAGGCCCCGGGGGACCAUAAAGCUCUGAGCUAACGGAGCAGCAGCGAAUGUACGUAACAGGAAGUCACUUACAGGGACACGGAACCAGGUGCAUGAUGGGAAGAGGGCGGGGUCGCAGGGGAACGCCGUGCUGGCGGUUCUGCUGUCCUUGCACAUUCCAAAACAUAUUUCAGGUUUUUGGAAACUACGAGAUAUAGCCACGUUUCCCCCCCUCACUUUCUUAAAUUUCUUAUUUUUUUAAACAGAACUCUGUCCGGUAAUUCCGGGACCGAAAGGGAAAAUUUAGAUUUCUCCUAACUCUAGAAAUGCAAAUAAAAUUCACGCACAAUUUUUUUUUCAUUGGACCAGGCCUGGUUGGGGAGCGCAUUAUCUCGUUCUCAGAACGAGCACUCAAAUUUACGAGCGGUUGGAGAGCGCGUGGAGCGCGCUUCCUCUUUCUGCAGCGAACGCUGUUCUGGGCCGUUUUUCCCGCGCGGCACGCCCACCUUCCUGCGGGCGGGCGAGUUGGAAAAAAAUGUGAAGCGCGUUAAACUCGCCCAGACACGUCGUGCAUCUCAUUUCGGCUCCCGAUUCAGCCAAAGCUUAAUAACGAACUUAAUAACACAGUCUCCCCGUGCUUUGAAGUAGGCCUGCCCUGAAAGGGACUAACUUGAGAGAAUUAGUUCCGUGUUUAUGUACGUCUCCUAAUUCCGUCACUAAUUAAGUCAGGCUAGUACGAUUUUAUCCUGCGUAUAUUGAUACCUUUGUGCUACAAUUAUAUAUGUAGCCUAUUUAUACAUGCAAAUGUGAGUGAGCUUCGGUACCAAAAUGGUGGGUGUUGCUGUCGUUGGGGGGGAGGGGGCUUGUUUCUGAAAAGGGCACUUUCUGGGGAAAAAAACGGGUGUUUUCAUGCAAAACUAUUGGAGGAAAAUCAGGAUCAUCAAAAAUAUUUCCCUGGUUUGAAAUCUAUUAUGCACAUUUAUUGUUUUUUUUUAUUUUUUAUUUUUUAACUUUACUCCCAAAAUGCUGUUGGGGUUUUUGACCUCAAGAAAAAAAAAGAAAAUACGCACUCAAAGUUAAAAAGCGAGGUUGAUUUUUGUGUGUUUACCUGAUUGCACUUGAAGUCACUGUGGGCAGGGAGGAGGGGGCUGAGUGACCUCAACUGUCCUCUUAAUGCGGUACAGAGAAGCUGUGGGGUGGGGGGGGGGCGGCUUCGAAGUGUGUGUGUGCGUGCAUGCGUGCGUGUGUGUAUGCGCGUGUGUGUGCCUAUGUGCGCGUGCGUGCGUGCGUGUAUGUAUGUGUGUGUGUCUGAUUCUCAGGGCGUCUCUGGACAGGCCAGCUUUAUCUUUGGCCAUCUGGACACCCACUCACCCCUCCCCCGUAGAUUUGUACCCUCGUUCGCACUUCGGUGUUGGAGGUUAGCUCUCCUGUCCCGUCUUUAACACCCCCCGGCUGCACUCUAAACUCCCUCCUGCAGAGGGAGGCAUAACGAUAAUGUAGCAGUUAUGAACCUUACAUGCUCUCAAACUCUGGGUAAUUCUUGCAGUGAUUUUUCUUUAUUUGUGGUAAUAACUUCACAAUGCAAUAAUCUAUUGAUUUUUUAUUUUUAAAGAAAGCAUCUUCAUUCUUUUCCCUCUGUAAAUAUGGGUCCAUACUCAGAAUUCAUGAUGACGCAUUCAUCUUAAACCUAUACUGUUCUUAAGGCAUGACCGCGAAAGAUAUUAUGAACUGUCCCACAUUAGACAGCUCCCCCUGGUGGCGGUGGACUGUAAUUGUAGUGUGAAUGUACUCCAUUGGAACGUGGCAAAGAGGGUUUCUUAGGACUCUGCUGCCAGGGGUUCCUAAGGGGACCAAGUGGGGGGGUGGGGGGGGGGAACUUGUUCAAAACCUUGGAUUCAAAGAAGAAAGUGCCUUAAGUGCAGAGAGGGUCAAGCCCCCCCCCCCCCCACUAGCUUUUUGGUCCCACAAAUAUUCCCAAUAGUAACGAUGGUGGAGUGAAGAGUGUACGUGUGUAUGUGUGUGUGUGCGUGUGUGUGUGUGCGUGUGUGUGUGUGUGCGGGUUAACCAGGGUCUUUUGCUUUGCCUGCUUUUCUCUGAAGAAAGAAAGGCAGGAUAAACCCGUCCAAAGCUUUCCUGUGUUCUGUGCCUGUAAGCUGAUCAUCGGGCACGAAACGGAGAAGUAGGUGCGCGCUCUGCUUUUUAAAAAGGAGGUUACAACGGGAUCUCCGUCAAAGAUACCAGUACCAUAGAAAUUUACCCCCUGGAAUUAAAUGUACCAUAGAUAAAUAAAUUGUUUGGAAUAUAUUCGUGGGGCCAAAAAUGAGAAUGACUUGGCAGACUGGACCAUCACCCUUGUUUGAAGUGGUUCAGUCUACCCCCCCACCCCCCCCCCACCCCCCCAACCCCCCAACCCCCCACCAUUUUUCUAGUGGUUCAGUCGUAGUGAACCCAAACAGACCUGUCACGUGCAUGCUUUAAAAAUGUUUAAGAAAAUAAUUAUUUUUGUUCAUUUUUGAGAAUGGUGUGUGUGUGUGUGUGCAAACGGAGUUGUAUUUAUUUACUGAGCACAAUCAGGUGUUGGUGUUAGUGAAACACACUUGCUUAAAUGAUAAUAAUUUUGGAGGUCCAAAAUUCCCACGGUAACACUCCCGUCCCCCCCCCCCACCCCCAUCCCCCUCCUCCCUUCACCACCCGCCCUCCUUUUCUCUGUUUGCACUAAGAGUCCCUCUCGUUUGCAUUGGGGUCAGAUGAUUUGCACUAAUCUGGGAGGGGUGGGGGUGGGGGUGGGGGACAGCAGGUGGGUGGACGUGAGGGGUGGGUGUGGUCUUCUGGGACUGAAUGGUUGUGGUGGCUGAAUCUUGCUGAUGUCGGGGGGGGGGGGUGGUCUCACCGGGGGCGUUGGAAUUGUUGGAAAGGUCGCUGAAGGUCGCUGACUAACCCUGCCCUGUCAACUCUCAGACCUUCAGAAAUUUUGAUCCACGAUCCCCACCCAAGCAUCCCACCCUUCUCUUAACUCUUUAGAGGUGUUUUAUUUUCGCUCGCUUUUCAGAGGUACUUGAACUUCUUCUCUCUCUCUCUCUCUCUCUCUCUCUCUCUCUCUCUGCCCGGUCGUUUAUUGUUUGCCCAUUCCCGUGCCCGGCCUAAUUCCGCUUCCUGCCGGAGCUGCCAAUCACAGCUGACACAUUCCUAAAAUUCUUAAUUCCUCACUGGAGCCGGUGUUGGGAAAAGGAAAACUGUCUUGACAGGAGGGUAGUGGGCGGGGCCUGUGCCGUAUGAUGUCACCCUGCGACGAUUGUAAAGAUGCACUUUGUGGUGGGUGGGCGGGGGGAGGGUUUAGUGGGAGAGGCUUUCCAUAAUUUUUUUUUUCUGUGUGUGUCUCCUGUUAUUUUUUUGGGGUUGUUAAUACUGCUGUUAAUUUUGUUGUCAUUCUUAUUUUGAUAGAUCCGUUGUGGAUAAUGUCAUCAUUGUUGUUGAUUUAAAGGCAAAGAAACUACAUGGAAAAUGUAAAAACUUGAAUAUUUUGUAUGUUUUAUUUUGGGGAUGUUAUAUGUCAGUCUGAGCUUGAUUGCAAGAGUUUGAUGGAUCAUUAAUAGCCUGAGUCUGAAUAUUUGAUGUUAAGCCGAAAAAAAAUUAAUAUAUACAAUUAUUAUGCAGUUACAGGUUUUGAUGGAGAAAAGAACGAGGGACGUGUCUGGCCCUCCCGGCGCAGGGCUUGCCUACCCCUGCCUCAGAUUACUCACGGGCUGGACUCUGGGUAACACGACCCAAGCGCCGAUCCCGGUACACUGGGGCGGUGGGACUCAACGGCCCAUUCAUGUUUCCAACAGCGGCCCCUAGUGGCCGUGAGAUCACGCUGCAGAAUUCGGCUUCCGUCCGUGUCGCCGCACCGCGGAAUGACGGCAGAGUUCCACGCAAGCAGACUUCUAAUGUUACCGCCCCGCGCCUUAAAUGCGUGGAGUAAGAACACAGAAUCAUAGCCGUUGUAAAGCACAAAGGAAAUCGACGAGGGUGCGGCGGGGGGGGGGGGGGGGGGGGGUCUGCUCUUGGCGGAGAUUCGGGGAAAGGUUCCGGCACUUUCCGAAGCACUUGGUACAUACGCACUGGGGUGUAGGGGCAGCAAAGAAACACUCCUUGUCUCUCAGGAUGGGACAGUAAAAUAAUGUUCUUUUCCCAAAAGUCCUGUCCCACAUGUUUAAUCUCUGACUGUUCGAAGUGAGGAGCAGGGCUAGAAGGGACUUGUGUGUUGUACACUGUAUGAGACCAUAAAAUCAAUACUGCCCACGUUAGGCAGUUACAUUUUCCCCACAUUUUCUUUUACAUUGUUUGUUUGUUUUUUGUUUUUUUAAAACUUUUUUUUCUUGAAAUGGAUUUACAAAUCUCUCUGGCAUCCUGGUUUAAAGAUGGAAAAAAAAUCUUUUUAUAAAAAGGAACUAAUUGUG